AAUCUGAAACCCUGUAUAUCAAAAGUAUAAAAAUCCCAUUUUUAUCAAGAGAGAAGGAAAACAAAGCAAUAUGGCGACUCCAGCUGGAAGUUCUAGGAAGAGGUGGCUUCCUCUAGAAGCUAACCCUGAUGUCAUGAACCAGUUUCUUUGGGGGCUGGGUCUUCCAGUGGAUGAAGCAGAGUGUUGCGAUGUUUACGGCUUGGAUGAUGAACUCUUAGCAAUGGUUCCCCAGCCUGUUCUUGCUGUGCUUUUUCUUUUCCCAAUAACUUCUCAGACUGAAGAAGAGAGAUUGCAGCAAGACAAGGAGAAAAGAGAUGUUAGCAGUAAAGUUUAUUUCAUGAAACAAACUGUGGGAAAUGCAUGUGGAACAAUUGGGAUUCUUCACGGUGUUGGAAAUAUCACUUCUGAAAUCAAGCUUCAAGAGGGAUCAUAUUUAGAUAGAUUUUUUAAAUCUACUGCAAGCAUGGAUCCAUUGGAGCGUGCAGUGUUUCUUGAGAAAGAUGAUGAAAUGGAAGUUGCUCACGCUGUAGCAGCUACAGCUGGAGAAACAGAGGCGUCAGACAACGUCAACACACAUUUUAUCUGCUUCACAUGUGUUAAUGGGGAACUUUAUGAGCUUGAUGGAAGAAAGUCGGGACCAAUUUCGCAUGGGGCUUCCUCACCGAGUAGCAUUUUGCAGGAUGCAGCAAAAGUCAUAAAGGGCAUGAUCCAUAAAAAUCCGGAGUCACUCAACUUCAACGUCAUUGCCCUUCAUAAGAAAGCCGGAGUGGCAGGUACAUCUUAAUAUGGCCAAUCGUUGUUAUCAAUUUCCUACAAACAACUACAGAUUAGAAUCCAAAUGUUCAGUUACUGCAACAUACUCGAGCAUAUCAUAUGAUCUUUC